AAUAGCGUCCCGCCAUAUUGGAUUACAGGAAGAGUAUCACACGCGGCAGUAUACGGUCUAUAGAAGAAGUAUUGACAUUGAUUUAGUGUUGAUUUGGGAGCGAAAUGGUGAAUUUCUGUGCUUUUAUUGGAUGUAGUAGUAGGGGAGGCAGGGAUAAGAAGUCGUUUUACCGUUUACCGGCUGUAAGGCAAUCGGAAGGGGAGAAAACCAGGGAAUUGUCCACGAAACGUCGUGCUAAAUGGCUGUCACAGAUUUCACGAGAUAUAAGACCUUCCAACUUGCAGUACACACGAGUCUGCUCAGAUCACUUUAUAAAUGGUAAGCCUGCUGAUUUAUAUGAUGAGACUAAUCCUGACUGGGUCCCAACUUUAAAGCUGGGAUAUAAAAGUAAGGAAAGGGCAACCCUAGCUGGUGAAAGAUACCAAAGAGCAGUAGAAAGAAAGGCGACACGACAGAAAGUAGAGGCAGCCUCUGGGUUUCUUGACUUGCAGCUACCACCUGCUGAUCAUAUAGUCCAUGAUGAUGUUACAACAGAAAGAGAAACUGGUACAGCUUCACAGACAGACUUAGAAGGGAGCAGUAUUACUGCAAUGAAGGCUGAUUAUCAAAACCUUCUUUCUGAAAAAUUGAAGGAAAAGCUCAACUCUGAGAGAAAGUUUGACGCAGACUUUUUUGUUGAUAAUGAUGAAAGGGUGAAAUACUAUACAGAAGGAACAUCUAGACGGGAGCUUGAGGAGGCAGUCAUGGACAAUUUUCAAGAUUUCUUAUCAACUGUGGAAGAUAACAUCACGGGCUACACAGAAGCACUAGCUUGGAAUGAGAAGGACACCAUUACAGAUGAAAAUGACAUUCUGGAAAAUAAGAAGUAUCAGGCUGUGGACGUGAGUCCAGCCGCAGUUCUUGGCUGGUUAACAGGACAAAAACAUCGCCCUGUAAAUGGAGAACCGCUUAAUAUAACAGCACAUUUCGAUCACGAUUGCAAGGAGAGAAAUCCCGAGCACACCAUCUGCUUUCCUCAAGUUGGAGCAUGUAGCAGGGAAAUUACAUUUCCUGUGGCACACAUGACUGACGUGAAAGAGUUUGAACACGUAUUCCUUCUGGCUCUUUGCAAAGGUGGUGCAUUUUCAAAUGCAUGA